UUUACAUUGUGUUUAUAGCGCUAAUCGGUUCGCAGAUCAAUACACACUUGAUUUAGAAGGAUUUAUGAGUCCUCAUGAAUUUACUGCGACGAUUAAUACGUUUAAUACAGCCGCCUGGCACUAUCCACCACCCAGUCGUAUUGGAACAGGAUCAUUAAAUUACUAUCUAUUCUGCCUAUCUACAAUAGUACUAGUGGCAGUUAUAACUGCUAUCCACUAUACACAUCAAAUUGGAUUGAUCCUCGUGCUUCCCUUCUCCUUUUUAUUAUUUAGCCUGAUUGUUAUAUACUGGCGUCGCCGCAAGAUGAAUAGAUUUGAAAGUGCAAUGAUUCAUUUGUGUUCUUGCAUGAAUGCUACGGAAAAUGUUCGUGGUAUUAAUUUCAGAUUGACUUAUUUGACUCCUGAACAACAAAUUUCCAUUCAUCCUUCAUCUAGUUAUGCAAUUACAAUCGAAUUCGAUGACAGAUACAACCUUCUACAUCACUUUUCAUCAUCCAAUAGACAACAACAACCUCCUGCUUAUAAUAGCACUAGUAUCACAAUUUCUCCUCCCCUUUAUGAAAUUGAUAAACCUUCAAACAUUUAUCAGAGCUCACUAAAAAAUUGAACCAAUAAAACAUAACAUCAUCGUGUGCGGAGUCAUCAAGUGCAAACCCAAAAGGGAAAAGGCUCCUUUUCAUUGGUCCGCUUCUCCCUCUUUCCCAUUUUAACAAUUAAAAAAAUAUAA